AUGCCGAGUGGAAUUGGGAAGUUGACUUGCCUGCGGACGUUGAGUAUGGUCGUCCUGAGUGGCAAAAAGGGCUUCCGACUAAGUGAGUUGAGAGACUUAAAUAUGCUUAGAGGAGAGCUAUCAAUUGAGCACCUUGAGAGGAUUAAAGACAAAAAGGAUGCAGAAGAAGCUUGCUUAAUUAAAAAACAGAGUCUCCGCGAGUUGCGUUUGCAUUGGCAUUUCAAAAGAAUGCUUCAACGGUACAAUGAUGAGGAAGUGCUCGAAGCCUUGAAACCCUGCCCCAACCUUCAAUUGCUGAGUAUACAAGGCUUCAAAGGUUCAUCAUUAUUUCCAUCUUGGAUUUCAACUGUAACAGAAGUUUUGGUGCGGAACAGUGCCACGGAGUACAUAGUUGGGCCCCAGGAGAGUACUGCUACUACUCCAGGGGUGAAAAAGCUGACGUUACAGAUCAUGCCCAACCUAAAAGGAAUGUUAAGAAGAGAAGUCCAAGGUACUCUCGGGGUAUUCUCUCAACUUCAAUCCUUGUCUUUCUUCAAUUGCCCAACGUUGACAUUGCCUUUGCCACAUAUGCCGUCCCUAAAGGAGUUAUGCGUCGACAGCUGCCCGAACAUGGCGUGGGCUUCAAUCUCCAAUCUCACUAGUCUUAACUCCCUUAGAAUUGAGGACAUUGAAGGAUUGAGUUGUUUUCCAGAAGAGAUGCUACAAAAUCUUAGUCUUCUUGAAUCCCUGGGUAUUAGUGACAUGAAGGAUCUGCAAGCCUUACCUAGAAGCUUGGCUAGCCUCACGGCUUUGAAGAUGUUGGCCAUCGUGGAAUGUCCCAAGCUGGAGUCUCUGCCAGAAGAAGGAUUGCGAGGCCUUGCAUCUUUGCAGGAACUCUCUUUGUUCGGAUGCUAUAAUUUGGUGAGUCUCUCAAUGGGGACUAAAGCCCUCAAAUCCCUGACUCAUCUAAGCAUCGACGGGUCAAACGCGACAGCUCUGCCAGAGGAAGUCAAACAUUUCCCCGCACUACAGAAACUGGAGCUGAUUGAUUUUCACAAUCUAACUUCAUUGCCAGACUGGUUUGGAGGCGGCCACCUCACUUCUCUUCAAGACCUGACACUAUGGUCUUGUCCGAAGCUUGAAACACUUCCAUCCAGCAUUCAAAUGAUGAAGACACUCCAAAGUUUGACUAUACGUUACUGCUCCCUAUUGGGACCACGGUGUGAAAGGGGAGGAGAGGAAUGGCACAAAAUUAAGCACAUCCCGAAUCUGGAAUUGAUCGCAGAAUAUUAA